UAGCCAAUGCAGAUGAUUUGAUAGCAAUGCAUUGUCGUUCUCCUGAUUUAUCAGCUUCUGAUCGAAAUAAAUGCCAAUCCACACUUCCACUGUUGUUCUUGUUUUAAAGGCCUCAUGGACGAGCAGUUUUCAAGGGCUUCUCCGGCUAAGAAUCCUUGGAAGAGGGUUUUUUUCCUUCCUUUUUUUACUGGAUACACUCUCAUUUUCGAGUCUGCGAGUUGGACUGAUUUUGAGUCUUGUCCGCAUUUUUGUCUGCAUUUGCACAUUGCAUUAUGAAGCUUUCUGGGUUUUGGGUUUUGUUUUUCUUGCUCCAGAUGUCUUUAUUGCUGCUUUUCUUUCCAAGCUAUAUUAAUGCCUCUCCCAGCUCGGAUAUGGCUCUGAACCACCGCCAUCUUGAGCCAAAUGAAUCUUUUUCUGCCAUUCCAUUAAACAGGAAGCUGAAGUUUCAGAAUGAUGAAUAUGAUAGCCCGAGAAGAAACAAGGUUCACCAAGGUGAUCUAAAUCUUGAUGACUACCAUCCCAUUGAUCCAGUUCCAAGUUCAAAGACRUCGGUAAAACCCGGGCCGAUAGAGCACGGCACUCCUCUCCUGCCUCAUAUUCCAAAUCCUCCACCUCCUGAUCAACCUCAGCCGGGGGAUUUCGUGUAGGGAUCAGAAAUCUCUCUCUUCUACAUGUCUUAAAUAAUCUGAGUUUGUUCCUCAUGGAAACAAACCCAACUUUUUUUAUCCCGUCUCUCUUCUAUUAUGUAAGAAAGCUGCCUUGAGUAUUGGUAUUAGUAUUAUGUAUCCUUUAAAUGAUCUCUCUUCUAUUAUCUACCAAAWCAAGGCAAUGAGAACCAAUGUAUUUGAUGAUAUUUCCUUCUCUCCCCUGUUUUAUAAUCUAGUCUCAGAAAAUUAGAGGCAUAUUAUAUAUGUGUUUUUUGUCU